UUGCAAAAAACUGCUUCUGAAUCUGAAAAGGCCGUUCUGGAACGGCAUUGCAGCGCGUUCCUGCGCCCAUGCAGAGAACAAAAUGCUAACAUUCCAGGAAAAAAAAAAAUUGAACCGGUCCUGGACAUGCAGAUAGUGCGUCCGGAGACGCAAGAAUACUUCAGAUCGCUAGUCCACGCCGCGGUGCGCGCGCAUGAGGUCGGAACGCCGGCGGCGGCGGCGGAGGCGGGGGCGGAGCGCGCUGACGUGCUGCAUCUGCUGGUGGCGGGGCGACAGGGCGACUUACGCAGCCUCGGCACCGACGAGGAACUCGCCGCCAGGGCCCCCUUCCACAGCGGCGCCCACAAGGCCCAGAACAUCGUGGCCCAGCUGUCGGACGACGAAAUCACGGCGCAUGUGCUGCUCUUCUUCCUGUCGGGCUUCGAGACGACGUGCACGCUGCUCAGUUUCCUGGGCUACGUGCUGGCCGUCCACCCGCACGUGCAGGAGCGCGCGCGCCGGGAGGUGGAGGAGGCCCUGGAGGACGGGCACACGCUCACCUACGAAGCCCUCAAGAAGAUGAAGUACAUCGACAUGAAGCGCUCGGGCUUCGUGGUGAGGCCCGGCGACACCCUCUGGCUGCCCAUCUACGCGCUGCACAACGACCCCGAGCUGUUCCCGGACCCCGACAAGUUCGACCCCGAGCGCUUCAGCCAGGCCAACGAGCCACGCGUCUUACCUUUCUCCUACCUGCCGUUCGGCGCAGGUCCGCGAAGCUGCAUAGGAAUGCAAUUUGCGAUGAUGGAAGUUAAAGUAAUAAUCGCAUAUCUGCUAUCGCGAUUCCACAUCAGAACCAUUGACAAAACGCCUGUUCCUCUGAAGCUGACGAAAGGAAGUUGCCAAAUGACCACCGACGAAGGAUUCUGGGUAGGACUGGAACCCAGGACAGCAGCACGGCACAUCCAAGUAUAACACCAAACACCAGUGAUCAAGUGCCAAGAACUGUAAAUCGAAGAUGUGGCCCGUCAUUUAUGUCAUUCAUACGUAUGUUUCAAUUUGGUGUUACGAGAUAUACACAGAAAACACAUUAAUAAACAAAGCGGUGAUUUCACGAUGUUGUGGUGCUACUUCAAAUCUUUUUUUAAACAGUGCAUUUUAAUGUUCAAUGAAUAAAUGGUGUUUUUAUUUAAUAAUUCAUCAAUGUUUCUUUGAAUUUUAAAAUAAAAUAAUUUUAAAUAAGGC